GAGCGGCGUGCUAGACGUCAUCACGCAGCGCGGCAAAUUCGUCCGCUGCGGAAGUUCGUUGAACAAAACAACGGCGGGUUUUUAACGUUUAACUUAUUUUUAAUUUUUUAUUUUACCUCUUUUUUUACCUUUUAAACAUGUCCGAACAAGCUGGAUACUCGCCUAGCUUCAAACGUCCAGCGGAGAUAAUGCGAAUGCGAAGGAAAAGAGCCCGAAGCGAGGCUGGGUCUUUAAGCGGGAGUCCAGCCGCAGCGAGCACGGGCCAAGGCGCUUCUUCCCCGGCUUGGGUUCGACCCUUCUCCCCCGGACCGCUGUUCAACUCUCAGAACCGCUCAGGGGGUGGUGGCGGCGGGGUAAAACGCAGAAAUCCCUUCGCAAACAUUGAAAAUACAUACAGUCCAAGUAAAAAGUUGAUCAUUUAUAACGAGGAAGAGGAACGUGUCGAGGCGAAGGAGAAGAAAGAGACGGGACAGGUGUCAACAAAGAAGACUGAAGUUAUACCGUUUGCUGCGAGACUCGUAGAGGCGGAAAACAAGGAAAGACAACGGUUUAACAGCAAGAAAUCCCUUGACUAUUCUGAAGACGAUUCCCUGUUUGAAGAAGACGAUGAAGACCUUAAAAACCCGCUCCUAAAGAGCCCUCCUGCCAUCGCCCCUGCCUCCAUAGCACCCCCUGUGUGCACUGAGUACCCUGCGGACUGGAGCCUGAAGACGCGGGUCCUGUUCACGUCUCCUCUGUCUCUGAGCUGGGCUGAGAAACCCAAAGCUCAGGAGGAGGCUGUGGGACUGAGUCAGCACUGCAGAGCGCAGUACAUCUCUCCACCACACAGUAUACAGGACGCUAAGUCGUGCUCGGAGCUGCGCUGUUCGUUCCAGCAGAGCCUUGUUUACUGGCAGCACCCGUCUCUGCCCUGGCUCUCACUCUUUCCACGAAUCAACGCAGAGAGGAGCUUCACUGGCAAGAGCGCCCCCUGGUCCCAAGACGGCGCACUGCAGCAGAGCCUCAUGAGCGAAUGGUCUGUGAGCCUGUCGUCCCUGUACAGUUUACUCAAGGCCAAACUCUGUCCAUAUUUCUACCUCUGCUCCUAUCAGUUCACAGUGCUGUUUAAAGCAGCCGGCCUCAGUGGAUCCAACAGCAUCACGGCUCUGAUUUCUCCCACGACCAGAGGACUCCGAGAGGCCAUGAAGGCGGAGGGGAUAGAGUUCAGUCUCCCCCUGGUGGAGGAGCUGAGGAGGAGCAGAGACCUGGACAUUGACAAUGAACUGGACUGUGGCAAAGAGAAAGACGAUGACUGUUGUGGAGGUAAAGAGGAGGACUGUGGAGAAGAGAAGGAUCAGACGGAGACGAAGAGCGCUGAUGAAGAUGAUGAUGAUAAUGAUAAUGAUGAAGAUGAGGACAUGUCGUGGCUGAAGGAGAUGGGCGUCCAGGACAAGAUCAAGAAACCAGACUCUAUCUCUGUUCAACUGCGUAAAGAGGGACAGACGACAUCUCUGGAUCAUAAACCUGAGUCUGUGGUCCUGGUGGAGGGUCCCGAUACGUUCACGCUCAUAAACUUCCUCAUCAACUGUAAGAGUGUGGUGGCCUCUGCGGGGUCUCAGGCCGGACUGCCCCCGACUCUGCUCAGCCCUGUGGCCUUCAGAGGAGCCGCCAUGCACACACUCAAGGCAAGAAGCGUGAACGUGAAAAGCCAAGUUGGAAUGGGCUACCAGAACGUCAGCAGUUUGGAGGUCACAGGUCCAAUCCUGCCCUCUUCCCUUCACGCCAUCACGGCUCUGCUCCGUCCAGCUCAAAAAGGAAACUUCUCUGCGUCUCUGUACACACACGCCCCCACAGCAGUUAUGAACGUGCACAAGAGCAAGACACAGUCUUCCUCCUCUGCAGUGGACCUUUCCUCCUGCGGUCUCCUCUCUGCUUCGGUCCAACAGCUCCAAACUCCAUCGACUCUGGGCAAAACGGCCCUGAACCACCUCAACAUGAACAACUACAGCUACACAUGGAAAAACUAAUCACAAACAUCACAAAUCUACUCUCAUUUUAGCUUCAACUUUACAUUUGAUCACAUUCAAAAGCAGUUGCCCUUUUGAUUUUAUACUUGAAUAUUUUAAACCAGGGCCGCAAGAUAAAACACAAAAUGAAAUCAUAGUUUGAAAGGAUCGCAAAGGCAACUAUCAAACACAUUUCCUGUCUUUUUCUGCAUAAAACUGUUAACUCUGUAGUUCAGAUCUGUACAAACAUGUCCUGAAAUGUGAUUCUUGUGUUAGUUUGUCAGUUCAGAUUUCAGUCUUUUUGUCAAUUCUUCUGGACACAGUUAAAAUGUGAACUUUGAACAGAAUCCUAUUAUUAAAACAAAUCACAAAUCUAAUCGCAGUCACAAUGCUUCCCAAAUCCUGCAGCCCUAUUUUAAACAGAUUUUAUCUCAUUGCACUACGAUAUAUCUACCUGAAAAUGAAAAGGUAUGUCUAAAGGCCCACUAUGUAAUUUUUCCAGAGCGGUCCGCCACCUGCAUUGUCUGAAAAGUUCCGCAGUAUGGCAUUAAACUUAUCUGUCUUGCAUUUAAACCAUUACAUAUUUUGAAUUGCCUUAAAUGGCUAGAAAUACAUGCAUUUUUUACUGUGUGCUUGAUGAUGUGUAAGUUUAAUGUGAUAGUGUGGAACAAUCCAGGCACAGAAAUAACAUCUCCAUUGAAACAAACAGGGCAAAGAGAAAAGUUACAUAGUGCAUCUUUAAGUUUGUUUGAAUUGCUUUUUUUAAUGAAUUUUGUGUUGAUUUAAUUUCUCUCUCUUUUAUGUAAUCCUAAUCCUAACUUUGAUUUUAAAUAUGUUGUUACUUUCUUUUAUUUUGAUUUUAAAAAAUAACAUCUCAAAGCAAAAAAUCCACUUAUUUUUGUUAUUAAGUCUUUUUCAAAUUACUUGUCUAUUACAUUUUGUUGUACGUUUGAAGCUAUUUUCAUUGUGUCUUAACUAAAAAUUUGAAUAUUUUUUGCUUUUAAUCGUAUAUAUUUCUUACACUUAACGCUUUUUCCUUUAUGCUGUCGCGGUUUUGCUUUUAUUUCAAAUUAAAAUGUUAGGAUUUUGAUAUUUUUGGUGUAAAUUGUCAUCACUCUUUUAAACUGCAGCUUGUGUGAAUUCCCCAAAUGUCAAAAGUGACAUUUUGGACACGUGGCUGUCGAUCUCCUGUUACACUUCGACCCAAUAUUGACUGACACCAAAGUAUGCACAGGGUUUACUGUUCUCACUUAGUAAACGUACAUGUUUGGAAAGAAUGUCUGCUUCACACUGGCUGUUCUGCCUUUCAGACUUUUUCCAUUUAUAUACAGACUUUUAUUUUUGAAAAGUUUUUAUUUUGGUACUCCACACCAG